AUGAGCGGGCAGUGGCUUCCAGCCGCUGGGCUUCUCCUGGCUGGACCCAGUCGCGUGACUCGCUCUGUGACCUUCAGGAUCACCAAUGAAGCCUUCUCAGCGGCAUUAGGGAACCCUGCCUCCCUGGAGUACCAGCUGCUGAGUGAAAACAUCCGACAUCAGCUGCAGUCCAUCUAUCACGAGGCCUUCUCCAGCUUUCAGGGUGUCAGUGACCUGCUCUUUAGGCCUGACUCUGCAGCUGUGAAUGCCUCCCUUGUGUUUGGGGGCCCCGCCCCGGGCCCCUCUGCCUGUGAAGUCCUCUGGACUCUGUACCGCAAAGUGAAGGCCGCAGAGAAGGUGUUGGGGAACCUGUCCCUGGAUGAGAGCAGCCUCGCCUCUGAUGGGUCCAACCUGACCGACCUGGCCCUGGAGACCAUCAGCAUCCGUCUCACGGCCAUGAGGCCCUUCCAGCCCCCGCUCCUCCUGCCUGGCUCUGCUCCCUUUGUCCUGCUGGAAAAGACGAUCCUCCGACAGGUCGCGCCCGUGGUGUCAGGAUUCUAUACAGCGCAUCCCCAGGAAGACCCCCUGCUCCUCUUCAGUAAUGCGGACCAGUGGGUGGGUGUUUACAUCGAAUACAAGUUCCAGACCCCCAUCGGUACCCACCCACCAGGCUUGGCCAUCAAUCACCUGGCCUGGAACAUAAUGGAUCCUGCUGUCCAGAAAUCCAGCAUCAUGGCCAAUGCGGAGAAAGCAGAGAUGGUGCAGUAUGAAGUGUGGCUGCAGAUCCUGGACCAACCCUUCACCAAGGCCUUGCGGGACAAAAGCGGCCCUAAGUCCCAGCAACUUCGGGGGAUGCUGACGAGAUGGGUGAAGUGGGGGCGGGGGGAGAGGAGGGAGGAGCAGGAGGCUGGAGGCUUCAUGUGUGGGGACCCAACAAGGCUGCAGUACAGCUGUGACCCUCUUCAUCCUCUCUGCUCUCCAGCUGACCACCAUCCUCAGGCCUCUGCAGAACUUCGGCCAAGUGGUGGUGAAGUUCCAGUAAGGCCGUGGUGGCUCUGGGUGACCUGGGGCCCAGGGCUGAACUCUAGGGGUGGGGCCAGUGGCUCAGAGAAAUGGCCUUCCUGAGACCCCCAGGCUGUCUAGCCUCCUGACACGUGCUGAUCCUCCUGCCAGGCCCGACCCUCUGACU